AUGAGCAGGGAGGCGUCUUCUGCCUCGCCGACCAGGCCUAUGUCAGAUGGGAUAACGAUGGGAGCAUCAUCAACAUUUGACAGACUAAUGACGUCAAUGCACAAGCAAAAGGGCGGUGCGUCAUCGAGUACUAGGCUACAUCCACAGUUGACCUCGUCUUCUCUGGGGAUAACCCCGCCAUUGGGGUCAGCUGGUGACAUAAGUGAUAUGUUCGCUGGUGUGAUGAACGGCCUGGAUGAAUUAAGGCGAGACAAGACUAAGAGGAUAGAUCAAGUUGACGAGAGAGCUCACCAGCCGAGAGCCUGGCACAGGCAAACAAAGACCUACAAAGUUUCAGUUUUGAUGGAAAUCGAAAAAUCAUCUGAUGUUUUACCGGUGAACGAAGUAAUCAGUCAAUUGAAGUCCUGUAUAUCUAAUGCUGUCAAAGACGUCGCUCAAACAGAGUUAUGCAACCUUACGCCCAAUGAACAAUUAAAAAGCCUGCAGGAGAUUGCUGAAAAUUUGGAGGAAAGUCUGGUCAUAUUACCACGCAACAUCAAAGUUGUAAUUUCAUCUCCUGAGUAUGGCGAAUUUGCGGGAUGUCUUGUUCCGGCUUUUCUUGAGUACAUUCAAAAUAGCAAUGCCCAGUUCAUUGCUGAGCUACCUGAUCAGCAAAUUAGAAAACAAAUGCUGGAAAUCAUUUAUCGACUACCGGUUAAUGAAACCCUCAAAAUACACUCGCGGACCAUUUUACUUGUCAUGUUUCAACUGCUUGAGACAGACAAUGAAGAGAACGUCCUGUUAUGUCUCCGAAUAGUGAUCGAACACCACAAAAGCUACCGACCUCCGCACACAAAUGAAAUUAACACAUUUUUGGAGUUCGUGCGAAAGAUAUACAGCGAGCUCUCACAAAAUGUGAGUGCAAUCUUCGCUGGCCCCCAGGUGGGGUCAGAUGGAGAGAUUAGCAUUGAGUCUCCUGGGAUGGUCAGCCAGAUGACAAUAACAACCACCAACUCGGACGGACAACAACUCACUCAAACAAUCAUUCCUAAGGCUCAGACAUCUCUCAAGGUGUUGGCGGAGCUGCCACUGAUCACAGUGUUAUUUUACCAGCUGUACAAAAACCAGGUGCAUAAAGUCAUCGGCGAUUUCUUCCAUACUGUGACAAGUACACUCUCCCAUCAGCCACCAAAACGCACGAGUGAUUCUAAAUCAUCCUUUUCUGAUGAAUUGUACGUGGACUUCAUGGCAGCUCAAGUGAAGACGUUCUCGUUCGUAGCAUAUGGACUGAAGGCAUACCCUGAAAUCAUCCGACAACAUGCACAGCCAAUCGCUGAGGGAAUCAUGGGCCUGUUGAGGAACUGCCCUUCAGAAGUUACUCAUUUGAGAAAAGAAAUAAUGGUCGCCACCAAACACAUUUUCUCGUCCGAGUUGAGAAAUAAUUUUAUACCGCAUAUAAACGAAUUAUUCGACGAUUCAGUUCUAAUCGGUACAUCCUAUACUGUUAAAGAGUCUCUAAGAGCUCUUUGUUAUAACACAUUGGCUGAUCUAGUGAAUAAUAUCAAGAUUAGUCUGUCGUUUACACAAUCGGCCACUGCGAUUCACUACUUCAGUAAAUGUCUGUUAGACGAUGCACUACCUGUGUGGCUUCAAGCGACGUCGGCUAAAUUGCUAUUGAAUCUUGGCUCGGAUUUGAUAAGCGCAAAGGCGUCAACCGGCAGUUCGAAUACAGCGGAUAAGGUGAAUGUGAUGCAAGCGAGACUGAUCCAAGUGCGGCUUCUGCAAGUGUUCGUGAAGAAGUUCAAGGUGCUGGCUGAAUAUCACCUGCCAAUCAUCUUCAAAAAGUGCGAGGAGCAAUCAAAAAGCGAAGGUGAUGAAAAUGAGAAAAGUGAAUUGAAAAACGCAGCCGCCGAGAGUGGCACUGAUCUAUUGAAUGCAGACAUAGGUGAUGUGAAGAUGGCGAGUCAGGAGUCUGACACAGGAGUGGUCGUGGGGGAUUCCUCAUCGUCCUCAGUUGGGAAAAGUAUGGAGGUGGAUGUUGUGGUGGAUUCAAAUGAAGAAACGGCGCAAGACAAAGAACAGCCGACGAGUGGCUCUAAUAUGGACGCCGAACAGCAGAUGGGUUCGGAUAGCUCCAAAACCAACCAGGAUUCAUCCGAUACCAAGAAACAGAGCGACUCAUCGCGAGUACCAGCCGAGGUCGUCAUCCCCCCAAUGUCUGCAAGUGAGUGCCGCAACUUAGUCCGUGUGCUGGUGAUGGGUGCCAAAUCGGUGGCUCAGAACCUAUCACCGAUCCAGCAGAAUGGAAGUGGAAGUGAGACUACCCGAGUACCGCCCACUGCAAGACCCUCGGAGUCUGAAAUUGUGCAAAUGUUGAGAGAUCUCUUAUAUUAUGCUCUACGUGCACUGGACAUCUACUUGAUUAGCUAUAACUCACAUGGAGCUCCUUUCAUCAGAGCUUCUAACCUGGCCAGUUCCAGUGGGGGUUCUGGAGCCCCCCGGAUGAAGGAAGAGAAGGAGAUCCUCGAGUGGUUCUCCCACAUAUUCACUUCACAGCCGGUGAACAUGUUCACUGAAGUGUUCACGGAGUCCAUUGAUUUUGUUGUGCAACGUCUGCAACAGAACUACGCUUUGCAAAUCAUAGUCAACUCAUUCCUCGCCACUGCUUCUACAAGUCCAGCAUUUGCCACAAUUCUGGUCGAAUAUCUUCUAGAGCGAAUGCCAGACAUAGGUGGGGUCGGAGGAUCCUCGUGCAGUCUAUCGACAUCAUCAACAACUGUAAAAAGUGGACAAUUAGGAGGCACGAAAUCGACGCAUCUAAACAACACUUCCGGUGGAAUUGACACCAGUAAUUUGUAUUUGAAGCUUUUCAAACUAGUGUUUGGAUCGGUGUCGCUUUUGGCACAUGCUAAUGAACAGAUGUUGAAGCCGCAUUUGCAGUCCAUAGUUGACCAGUCAAUGAAGUUAGCCCAAACAGCACGUGAUCCAAUCAACUAUUUCUAUUUAUUAAGGGCACUCUUCAGAUCUAUUGGGGGAGGGUCGCAUGAUUUGCUCUAUCAGGAGUUCCUGCCGCUGCUUUGUAAUUUACUACAGGGUUUAAAUCUUCUGCAAAGCGGUCAUCAUAAGAGUCAAGUUAAAGAUUUAUUCGUGGAGUUGUCACUUACAGUUCCAGUUAGGUUAAGUUCACUAUUGCCGUAUCUUCCGCUCCUCAUGGGUCCAUUAGUAUCCGCACUUAACGGUUCCUCUACUCUGAUUAACCAGGGACUCAGGACCCUGGAAUUGUUUGUCGAUAACCUCAGCACGGAUUUCAUCUAUGAUCACAUUCAACCAGUGCGUGCGGAACUGAUGCAAGCGCUUUGGAGAACUGUUCGAAAUCCAAACCCAGUAUUGGCAACUACCGCUUUCCGAGUACUCGGUAAAUUCGGUGGAGCGAACCGAAAAAUGCUUAAAGAACCACAAGAAUUAGUGUACAAACAAGACACCCUUGCAAACGAAACAGAUGGAAAUUCCUCAACAUGUUACCCAAAAGUAGUAUUCCGAUUCAAAGACGCCAAUGACUCGUCCAAGCUACCGAUUGACUAUUUUGUCGACUUGGCUCUUGAUUGUAUUUGCGGCAAGUCGGAAGAUGAAUUUUACCAAAAAGAGUCAUUCGAAGUGCUGAAAAUGAUUUUGCAGUACAAUAUAAAACAGACAUUACAAGAUCAAGAUAAAGUUGAGGUGCUGCACUCUGAAAUUAUGAAGAAGUAUGGCUCAGAGAACAAAACCGACGUUUCUCAAAAUGUGAAAGGUUUUAAUACAUCUCGGGCUCCGCGGUUCGCAAAAAGCGAAAGUCGGGUACUUCUGGAAAAUUGUUUGGUUGGAGUAUUUUCAGCUUGCAGCGUGAAAGUCUUGAAAAAGGAAGCUGACGCUUUUGUGAAAGAUCUCAUUAAUGCUCUGAUGCUUAUUUCUACGGCGCAAGCUGUUAAACUAGAAAUAUGCAAUGACCGGGAAAAUAAACUAAAUGAACCGCUGUUCGCGUUCUUUGACGACGGCAUGAUUUCUACUGCGAUCACGAGGACAUUUAAGAAAGAAGACUUGCCUUCAAAUCAGACAUCAUUGGCACUUGUCGAAUUGAUUUACGAUAGCUUGAAAGACUUAGUUGGGGAUAAAAACGCCUCAACUAUGCCCUUUUGUCAGUUUCUAAUCGAAAAAGUUUGUGACUGCUUCUACGAUAAAGCGUGGUUCAAAAAACAAGCAGGAUGUUUGCUCUUGGAUAAAUUACUGCAAUUGUUCAAUUUGAAGUUUUUCUUGUGGAAUCAAUCAAAAAUAAUAGUCAGUCUGCAAUAUGCGUUCAUUGACUUAACAGGCGAAGUGUCAAAUGGAGUGCUGGAACUGUUGCGUGCAACUGUCAAGAAUGUUUUGCAAUUUUGCGCCUAUAGGAAGGACGAUGAUGAUGUUGAUGAAAAUCAGAAGUUGUUACUGAAGUCAUCACAAGGCAAAGUAGUCGGCGAUUUGAGUAGGGAAAUUGCAUCACCAAAUGGCACACUGCGUGAACAGAUGUGCGAGUGUCUCAAACUGGUUUCCGAGUUGUCAGGGGAAUCUUUGACUGCGCUACUCAAAGACCAGAUGGACACUUUGAAAGAACUGGUCCCCCCUGUGAAACACCGCCUCCGAUUCCUACCUGUGAACACACAAAUUGGACUAAUGAGGGCUAACACUUUUCUUCUCACUCAUCUACCAGCUGGGCUGCUUACUUACGACGUGAACAACCCAGCUCACGUAGAGUAUUUAGAUGAGCUUUUCUAUAUCUGCGAGACAGAUGAAGACACUCUGAAGAAGACAGUACCCUCUAGCAAAGCUCCUUCCAACCAAUGCGUGGUACUGGCUCUCAGAGAAGCAGCACUUCACAAUCUAUCAGUGUGCCACUUCAUAACAGAACAAGCACACCACGAACACAUUUUCACUGUGAUGUACGAUGCGCUCAACUCAACUAAUGACGAAAUCCAGAAAGUGGGUGACAAGUGCACGGAGACUUUUCUGGCCAACUGCGGAACAGACAAACGGCAGAAGGCGUACGAGUACAUGCGAGAUCUACUCAAAUCAUUAAUGAACAGUUACAAAGUAUUGAACCUAAACGCAGUAGCUAGAAUUUCAAGUUUGUCCAAAUUGUUCCCUCAAAGUUUUAACGAAAGGUUUUGUCGUGCUAUUGUGAUGGAACACCUGACGUGUUGGGUACGAGACAUGACUGAAUUGAAGUUGAGUUCGCCCGAUGCAGAUUAUACAUUGGAACUGAAAACGUGUUCGCAAAUUAUAAAUUUGUUUCACCUUCUACCUACAGCGCCAGUGUCGUUAGUUGAACCUCUGAUUCAGCUGGUGUUGAAUACAGAAAAUGCAAUUGGCAGGGAUUUCGCAAAUCCGAUGCGACCCCCAUUUUUCAAGUUUCUAGCACAGCACCCAGAAUCAGUUUGCAACUACUUCAUGCAGAAGGAAAAUCUGAAAUCAGAGAAGAAGAUUUCGUUGUUUAUGUUUGGUCUUCAGCAAGACUUCGGCAAGCCGUUGUUGGAUCGUCUUAAAAACAACCCCUCUUAUUUUACUAAAGCGGGAAUAAAUAUAGCAGCUGAACAACAUUCGUCUGCCGAUAUUAUCCAGACUCCCGAUAUACAAGUACAAAAUAGUCUGAUAAAGCUUGUCAACCUAAUCUGCUUAACUUAUCCAUCAUGGAUUUGGGAGAACUCCGACAUUCUUCGAAGUCUAGUAGCCAUUUGGGAUUCAGAAGAGUUCAGUUGUAGACAUCAAGCGUCUUUUAUGGCUUCUGAAGUUUUAUGGACGGAGGUUGAGCUACUCGUAGAGUGUCUAGUAACCGCGUUCAACGAGGAAACAGAAACUAAUCCCAAAACAAAGUUACUUUUCUCCCUUAUUCGUGUUUUCCAUGCAGGAUAUUUGACAAGCGGAGCUCUUGUUAUGAAAAACUUUCUGGCCGAUGGGCUGAAAAAAUUCAACAUUGCGAUGCGAAGGAAAGUUUUCUCCGAAUUUACAGAAAUUUUUGAAGACGAAAGUUUGAACCAUGAAAGCAAGGCGAAGUUUAUAACUAUGGUCAUAACGCCGCUUUUCCGAGAUUCGAUGAAAGAUGAGAGCGUGGACGAUUUAAUUGGCGAAAAAGCGAAUCCAGAGUCAGACAGUAAAACGAACUUGCUUAAUAUAUUUUUGACCAAGUUGGUUAUUGCUGAAAAAGUGUACCCUGAUUGUGUUAGAAUUGCAAUUUUACAGCUCGCUUGCGUGUUUGUAGAGUUCUGUGCUUCGCAUAUACAUGACGCAGUUUCAAAGCGACAGCAGGGUCAGAAAAUGAGGAAGUUAAUGGGCUUUGCUUGGCCGUGUCUUCUCAACAAAGCAUGCGUUGAUCCAUCCACGAAGUACCACGGGCAUUUGCUGCUGGCGCAUAUAAUUGCGAAGUUCCCUAUCAACAAGAAAAUAGUACUUCAGGUGUUCUACAGUUUGUUGAAAGCGCAUGGCCAGGAAACAAGAAGUGUCAUCCGUCAAUCAUUGGAACUGCUAACUCCUUCGCUCUCGUUGCGCAUGGAUGACGGAGACGCCAUGCUAGCCCACUGGACCAAAAAAAUCAUGACCGAAGAAGGUCACGCUUUGCCACAGAUGCUGCACAUAACAUGGCUCAUAGUCAAACACCAGACUAUUUUCUACAGAGUGCGAAGCUCUAUGAGUGCGAUGAUGUUGAAUGCGAUGAACAGAUUAGUGUUCAGUAGUUCGGUGUCUCUCGAAAAUAGAAGACAGGCCAUAGAUCUGGCAGAGGUUUUCAUUCUAUGGCAGAAAGAAUCCAAGUCAGAAAAUGCCAAAAUUCCAAGUGACGAAGACGUUGGACAAUCCGUGAAAACGGCUAAUUCGAAUAAAUCGGAUAGUGAUGCCGAGCAACGGAAAAUAGCCGACAAUGUUUUGAACUUUCUUUUGCGAAUCACGGCUUCCCUCCACGACUCUUCAAAUGCGAAUUCGGCUCAAUGUGAUCUUUACGUAAAGAGAUGUAUUGCACUCCUGAAAACUGCUCUGUCCAGUGAUGUCUGGGGUGACCCGAUGUUAUCUGGAAUUGAGAUCAAACUUGCCUGGAUGGAUAAAGUGCUGAUGAGCAGCGAACAGUCUAAUGCGAAUGUGGCAAAUCUGGUCAACUGCGUGGACGUACUGGAACUCUGCCUCAAUCAUUUGCCAAACAGUGAGUGUAUUUCUAUCAUGAAAUCAAUCCAAAAAGGACUCACGGCUCUCCUUCAUUGUAAGACAUCAAGAGUGUAUCGUCCCUUCGGUGAUUUCAUGACGAAACUCCUCGCUGCGCAUCCGCCAAUGAAAAGCCACCUUUGUGGAAACAUGCCUGCGAAGUCAGUCGCACCAGACCCGAACUUGGACGAUUCGACAGAUUCUAUGGACCAAUCAGACUUGUCCUCGCCUGAGAAGUCGGCCGCACCGGCUGUCGUGCAGAGUGGAUUGGAUUCUUUCUACGACACGAUGUAUAGGUGUAUCUAUGACGGACUGCAAGCAUAUGAGAAGAAAUAUCUACUCUGUAAACAGCUUCUCUUUCAUGCGUUUGUGUCCUUUAGGAGCGCCCAAAUGAUCAACUAUAAAGUGGUGCAACCGAUAGUCGGUCUUCUUAGUGCAGUCUAUAUGAAUUCCAUUAGAGCAUUGGAUAACGAAAUGACUGAAAAGGUCAUCAGGUGUCUCCAGCGGCUCGUCCGUGAACACCUCUCGCCUUCGCAGAUGUCGCAGUCUGAACAUGCGGUGUCGGAUCUGAUUGUGACAAUAGUGAAGGUGCUGCAGCCUAGAUUGACCCCGAUGAACCCAGACUUGAGAAAAGUGUUCAUUCAGGUCCUGAUGGUGUCGCUGAUUGAAAAGUCUACGGAAUCUAAGGUUAUGAUGCACUUAAUCGAGUGCCUGGACACUUGGGUUAGGGGAUCUGCAGAAAAAUCCAUAGGAGGCAGUCUCUCAAUAUCUGGCCCCACUUUGAGAGAGAAGUCGCUGCUUCUGUUCAAGAUGAUGAAUUCAUUGGAAAAGAGGUUCCCAGACGACGCAAAACUGCAUUCUGCAUUCUUGAAAACAACUCUCUUUGUCUACAAGGACGAUGAGCUGAAAAAGACUGAGUUGUCGUCCAAACUGGAGCCUGCUUUUAUGAGUGGACUUCGCUUCACAGCUGACCCCGAAUUGAGAACUGAGUUCUUCCUGUUAUGGAAAGAGGGCAUAGCUCCACAGUCAGUUUAUAAUCAGCUGCUCUACGUUGUGUGCUCUCAAAAUUGGGAGUCCAUGCAUGAACAUUUCUGGAUCAAACAAUGUGUUCAGCUGCUUCUCUCAGCUGACAAAGACACGAAUUGCUUUGAGUUUAAGUUUCCAGAGGGACUGCAAAACAGCAGCAUUGAAACUCAUGGCUCAUCGCCGAAUGUUGAAAAUAUGAGUUUGGACGACAAUAGUUCUGUAGAAAACGAUCGACUGUCUCGAAAGGAUUCCAUAAGUACCGAAUGGUCUAAGCGAUUCAUUUACGACUCUGACAAACAAUUGAAACAGUUUGAAGUGUUUCUUGAUUCCUUGGGACAAUUGGCGAACAAAUCGACUGAAAUUGCACACAAGGUAUGGAUUGAUUUGUUGCCACAAGCGUGGAGAAGUUUGACUGUGGCAAAUCGGAAGACGUUGAGUGCCGAAUUGAAUCCGUUUCUGGUGAGUGGUGCUCACUUGAUACAGAGGGAUGCACCUAUGAGUACAAUGAAAACAUUCUUGGAGGCACUGGGAAAAUGUCAGCCGACUAUCAGUUUGAGACCAGUCGCGUUGAAGUAUAUCGGUAAGAGUCACAACUCAUGGCAUCGUUCUCUCCUCUGGCUCGAGAAUCUAUACGACAAGCAACAUCCGAACUCACUAGCAAAAUUCCUAAAACCCUCUGGUGACCAAAAUCAUCAAGAGCUUCCCUCGCUCAACUCCCAGUUCAAUGAUUAUUAUGACACUCAGGAUGCUAAUGUGUGUCAGCCAAGGGACACUUUUGAGAAUUUGUCAUCGCUUUGUAAAAGCAUGCACGAAGACGAUUUGUGGGCGUCGUUGUGGAUCAGCCAUUCACAGUAUCCCGAAACAGCAGCAGCCAUCUCGUAUCAGGUGCAGGGACUUCUAGUGGAGGCACAACAGACAUACGAGACAGUGAUCGCCAACGCCAGGUCCCAGUUGGACUCGAACGUGGCCUCUCCCAGUGUGCUGAAUGAGUUCCAGCUGUGGGAACAGGAGUGGGUGUGGUCAUGCAGACAGCUGAAUGAGUGGGAGGUGCUGGGGGAAGUGUGUCGCAGCGAGGACCAUCCCAACCCCCACCUCAUUUUAGACUGUGCCUGGAGAAAUCAGGACUGGAAUAAAGUCGAAGACAACCUAAACAUCGUCGAAAUCAACAGUGCGCGUGAGAAUGCCUGGAAGUACCAAAUAAUCCGAGGCUACCUGGCAGUAUUUAAGCCUGACUCGCACCAGGUCCAAGGGGGCAACGCGUCAUCGGGCGGGGGCAACGCAGCCGAAGCAAGUGGGGCGUCUCCAGGGAACCAGCAACUGGCUAUGGAGACUGCUGUAUCAAAUGGGAUUUCAUUGGCAAUCAAAGAGUGGAAUCGACUUCCGAAAGUGGUGUCCCUGGCACAUAUCCCACUUUUGCAAGGAAGUCACCAACUGGUCGAGGUCACAGAAGCCCACCAGAUCCAAGUGGGCAUAACACAGCAGUCCAUCAAUCGAUCCUCUUCUCUACAAGACAUGAAGUCGGUGGUUAAAGCGUGGAAGAACAGACUGGCGACCACAAGUGACGAUCUGAGCUGCUGGAGUGACCUAUUCCUGUGGAGACAUCACAGCUACUCGGCUAUCAUAAAUGCAUUUGAAGUGCAACAGCCACAGCUCUCGCCCUUCGGACAGACUUCGCCAGUGGGAACGCAGAACGAACCGACCCAGAACCCCUAUGCCAUGCAGGGUGUACACGCACAGGCUCAAGCCAUCAUCGCGUUCGGACAGAUUGCCAGGAAACAGGGUCUAUACUCUGUCUGUCUCGAAUCUCUUGCACGCAUCCACGCAAUAGCAAGUGUGCCAAUUGUUGACUGCUAUCAGAAAAUACUUCAACAAAUAAAGUGCUAUUUGAAACUCUCCGAGGGCACGGAAACGUCUGAGCUGAGAAAAGGUCUAGACGUCAUAGACCAGACGAACUUGAAGUACUUCAACCCUGAGAUGAUUUCGGACUUCUACGCUCUCAAAGGCAUGUUUCUCAAUCUACUGGGCGAGUCAGAAGAGGCGAACCGGUCUUUCAGUGCAGCAGUUCAGUUCAACGACAACUCAAUCAAGUCUUGGUGUUACUGGGGCGACUACUUCAGAACCGUUUUCUUGUCCUCAAAGGAUACGGAGUUUGCAAAGUCAGCUAUAUUGUGCUACCUACAUUCAUGCAGACAUCAGAAAGAGAACAAAAGUAGAGUCAAUAUGGCUAAGACUCUCUCAUUUCUCCCUCACGAUGACGAGUCAAAUCAGAUAGCAGAAGCUAUCGAAAAGUGUUCUCCCGGAGUACCUACUGUGCAUUGGAACCACUGGAUUCCACAGAUCUGCACUAGUCUGUUGAGAAAAGAAGGAAGCCACAUGAUUAAUAUUCUGCUCAACGUUGCUAAAGUCUACCCGCAAUCAGUCUAUUUUCCUAUUAGGACUAUAUACACGUACCUGAAGACACGGAUACAACAAGAACAUAGCUCGCAUUUUGAGGAGGUUUCAAGUCCGGUGAAGGAACCAAUGAGUAACGAACCAUCAUCUGUCAAAGCGGUGGACUCGGUUGAAAAUAUGGACACUAACCAGCAAUCAAUCAAAACACCGCAAACGCCAAUGGAUGUUCAGACAGCCUCGAGCUCAAAUACAGUCAAUGAAUCAUCAGAAAUAGAAAUGACAUCUCACAACAAAACAGCAGACUCCGAUCAAUCAGAGCAGCCUAGUGUUCAAACUCACGCGAUGAGCGGAGUCGCUAAUUCUCCAUCUAGGCCUCCGAGUGUUUCGUCUAAUUCAUCUGCUGUACGAAAUUCGGCUUUGAGUGCUUCCUAUUCGAAGUAUAAAGUUCCGCUCAGGUUCUGCACCAAGGUGAUUUUCGCGCAAAGAGAUGCCCAUCCGACUUUGCUGGCAGCGCUGGAGAGCAUCGCUGAUCAGGUUCAGACUCUUCCCAGGCCAUGGUUUGAACCGGUGAUGGAGAAACUAAACGAACUUCUCAAGGAGCAGUUAGACAUUGCCUUCCAAAAUUCAGCUGCUGUAUCGAGAACACCUCUGUCACUUAGUACUGUGGCUUCAAUCAACAACAUUUUGUCUCUCUUCAAUGAAGAUGAGGAUGAUACUUCUUCGUCAAAUUACACGCAGCCGCCAAUACAUCAGGAAUUCUUUCUCCAAUACAAACAUCUAGAUCCACAAUUCAUAGAUUUGAGAGAUCUCAUUACGAAGGAUUUUGAUUUCAGCGACCCCCAUAGUGCGAGACUGCUUUCCCUGAUUAACAAACUCCGAAAAUGGAUCGCAAUCUUCGAGACUAAAGUCAGAAGGAACUGCAGUUCGAACUCGUUCCUCAUGGGCAGAAAGUGCAGAUUUCUCAACAACUUCUCGGUCGAAACGGCCGAAGUGGAAGUGCCUGCUGAUUUCUACACUACAAAGAAUACGAGCUACUCCCUGAAAGUGUCUCGCUUUCUACCCCGAGUGGAGGUCAAAUUAAUAAACAGACAGAUCAUCAGGCGCAUUUUCAUCAGGGCGUCCAACGGAAAGGUGUUUGGCUAUCGAGUAUUGUUUUCCGAGGACUCCAACAAGCAGUCUUCGUUUGGCUACACAGACGAGAGAAUAGCCCAGCUGAUGCGACUGAUGCAGAGCUAUUUUCUGGACAAGAGGAAAGAGACUGCGAGACGGCUGCUCUGUGUGACCCCUCCCGCAUUCACCACUUUCGCUCCUAACUUGAGACUUUAUAUGGACGACUGUUCUUCGAAGAGCCUAUUUGAUAUUUACAGACAGGCACAGUUGAGUAAGGGCAUGGAUCCGCACAGUCCAAUUAAGGCAUACUUUGAACAGAUGUUCCAUAGAGGACUGGCAAACAGCAGCAGUGCAGAUGCCCACCUGGCCAAAGUGUUUUCUGGCAUCCAGAGCAACCUCGUGCCAAAAUCGAGACUGAGAGAGUGGGCAAUUACCACUUAUGAGGAUCCAACUGAUUACUUCACCUUUAGAAAACAUUUCAUCGGGCAUUUAUCAGUGCAAUCAGUGUUGCAAUACAUUCUCAGUCUUAUUCCUCCCGACUUGCAGUCGAUGGAGAUCACGAGGAAGACUGGGUUUCUAAUCCCAACUGCUGUGACCUUCCGCAACCAUUCUCCCACCUCCGCCCACACUCCACCUGACCUAUGUUUGCGGUUAACACCGAACGUGGUUGACCUGAUGGGACCCUUGGGGCUGACUGGAUCCUUCUUCCAGAACUUUCUAGCAGUUUGUUUCUCACUCGUGGAUCCACAUUGUAAAUUUGAGGCUUUUCUGGCAGCUAUUCUACAGGAUGUGUUGGUGUUGGAAGAUAGAAAUCUUUUGGGCUGGAACGAAAAUACACCGAACGAAGUGCUUCUUCAACAACGAGACAGCGCAAUUAAAGCGGCUAUAGUCAGAUUGCAUUCAAUGGCCGAGUCAGUGCCCGCAGCUCACGUCAAUUUGAAAAACUUGAUUUUAAAAAACGUUUUCAACUCCGAAGUCGGAAAUAAUCUCCCCAAAUGCAGCCCUAUCUGGAUUCCUUGGUUCUGAAAAACUUCUAAUUAUAAUCUUAUCUUUAAUUACAAACUUUGAAUUAUUGUUGUUAUUUGUUAGAUU